CGAUCUUCUCAUCAGCCAGGAGAGUCCUCUUUUAGAAACUUAUAAAGAACGUUAACGCUGAUCAUAUUUAACAUUUUCUCUUUUUAGCAACUAUAUGAUGAGUGUCGAGGAAAGUCCCAUUGCAGCCGCAGAUGGUAAUAAUGACAGCAUCUGUUCUCAGAAUGAAACAUCUAAAAUAGACAGGACAUGUUUGGAGACAGAUUCCACAGUCAUGACAAAUGGAAAAAACGAUCCACCUACAGCCCAAAAGUGUAGCACUGAUACUCCUGCCAAACCUCCGAGAUGCACCGAGCUGAAUGGAGCUGCCAACGGACCCUCAUCAGAGGAGACCAAGGCGGUUCCCCUGACGACAGGCGACUUGGCAACAACUUUGGCCCCAGCUGAGCAUCUGUGGAGCUCCAGUAGAGACCAGGCUGUCAAGCUGAGGAUGGAGGGCUCGGGUCCGGGCUCCGAGACUCCCAUCACCGUUCAUCAGAUGUUCCUAGAGACGGUGGAGAGGUUUGGGGAUCAUCCAGCUUUGGUUUUCAAAAAAGAUGGCCUGAAGGUGACCAUGACCUGGAGGCAGUACUACGACCAGUGCUGUGCAGCAGCCAAGAGUUUCCUCAAGCUGGGCCUGGAGCGUUUCCAUGGAGUCGGCAUUCUGGGAUUCAACUCCCCUGAGUGGUUCAUCUCUGACAUCGGCUGCAUCUUUUCAGGGGGUCUGGCUGCUGGUAUUUACACAACCAACUCGGCGGAGGCCUGUCAUUAUGUAGCAGCCAACUGUGAAGCCAACGUCCUGAUAGUGGAAAACCAGAAACAGCUCGAAAAAAUCCUGAAGGUUAAAUAUCAGUUACCUCAUCUGAAAGCGAUUGUCCAGUACAGAGGCGAGCUGCAACAGAAAAUACCACACCUUUACACAUGGGAUGAGUUUAUGAAGUUAGGGGAGGAUGUGUCAAAUGCACAACUGCACACCGUGAUGGACAGCCUGCGGGCCAACGAGUGCUGCACCCUCAUCUACACCUCAGGAACCACUGGAAACCCUAAAGGCGUCAUGCUGAGCCACGACAAUAUCACAUGGACCGCCCGUACCGUGUCCAAGGUAAUCAAUCCAAACUGCGGUGAGGAGGUGCUUGUCAGCUACCUGCCUCUCAGCCAUGUUGCAGCACAAAUGAUCGACAUUUGGUGCUGCAUGAGCCUUGCAGGGACCGCCCAUUUUGCAGAGCCGGAUGCCCUAAAGGGAUCUUUAGCAAACACGCUGAGAGAGGCUCGUCCAACCGGUUUCUUGGGGGUUCCUAGAGUGUGGGAAAAGAUGCAGGAGGGGAUGAAAGCUGCUGCUGCCAAGGCGACCCCACUGAAGAAAAGAGUGGCAGAGUGGGCUAAGUCCAUUGGGCUAGAAUACAGCUACAGUGCCAUGAGAGGGGAGAACAUGGUGCCAUGGGGCUUUAUGCUGUCCAACAAUCUGGUCUUUAAGAAGGUUCGUGCUGCUCUUGGUUUGGACCGCUGCAAGCUGUGCUGCACCGGAGCUGCUCCGAUCACAAAGGAGACCCUAGAGUACUUCAUGAGCCUGAACAUCCCAGUGAAGGAGCUCUAUGGCAUGAGCGAGAGUUCCGGCCCGCACACGGUCUCCAUCACUGAGUAUCGUGUUGGAAGCUGUGGGAAGGUGAUACCAGGCUGUAAAACGAAACUGGAGAACCCAGACUCAGACGGGAACGGAGAGAUCUGUUUCUGGGGUCGACAUGUCUUCAUGGGCUACCUUAACAUGCCAGACAAAACGCUGGAGUCUCUGGAUCAGAGUGGCUGGCUGCACUCUGGAGAUCUGGGAAGACACGAUGAGGACGACUUCCUGUACAUCACAGGAAGAAUAAAAGAGCUGAUCAUCACUGCUGGUGGUGAAAACAUCCCUCCUGUGCCCAUUGAGGAUGCCCUGAAGAACGAGGUGCCCAUCAUUAGCAACGCCAUGCUGAUCGGAGAUAAGCUCAAGUUCCUCUCCAUGCUGCUGACACUCAAAUGUGUGAUGGAUGACAAUGGAGACCCAACAGAUGAUCUGAACUCUGAAGCUUUGGACUUCUGUCAGCGGCACAGCGUACAAGCGACCAAGGUGUCAGAGAUCAUAGCCAAUAAGGAACCGGCUAUCUAUAAAGCCAUUCAGGAGGGUUUGGAGCGAGUCAACGCCAAAGCCACAUCCAACGCCCAGAGGGUUCAGAAGUGGGUUAUCCUGGAGCGAGAUUUCUCGGUCGGUGGAGGGGAACUAGGACCCACCCUGAAACUGCGGAGGCCAAUAGUUGUGAAAAUGUAUCAGGAUAAGAUCAACGAAAUGUAUGGGGCAGAAAGGCAGUGAAUUCCUCAGCAGGGGAAGAUGGGAGAUUGGGUGGAUUUAUGUUGUCUAACCCGUCUCUUGUAUCAUAUUUAUGCUUUCAGAUAUUCAGUCUGUGUCAAAGUUGCACAACGUUUUGUUGAUAAAAGUAACUUUGAAGCAAAGCCAGGCCUUCACACUUGUUUAAUACAAGGAGAGCUGAAGUUAGGUGGCUUUUAAGAAAGUAAAGUUUUUACAUUUUUAUAGUGUUGAAUGAAUGUUUUAUAAGCACUGAUCCGUUUUUACCAUUAAGCUGCUCAAUCAUUAGAAAUGUUUUAACUUUUCAUGUCUCAGAGUCUGUUUAUACUCUGACCACCUCUAUGCUCUGCAAAGAGGAAGUAGAAAUGUUUCAUAAUGUGAAUAUAGAAGAAUCCUAUGUGCCUGUAUCUAUCCAAUCCGCCCUUCUGCGAAUUGUAAAUCUAACAUGAAAUGUACAGUUUGACUCCUACUGAAGGUAUAUAUUUAUUGUCUGGAAAUUGUCAAAUAAAGUGAGUGAUUUGGAGCAAAUUAAA